CCAGCAUCUUACCUGCUGUCUCCCCGACAGAAUUAAAACUACCACGCUUCCCCCGGACUCGUCUCCUCCAAAAAGAUCAAAAGUUGAUCACCAAAAGCUCGUCACCUUUGCGUUCGCCCUCACCCCCGCCAAAACAAAAGUCGACUACUACCACCAAAAGGCAAACACCACCUUUGCCACACCCACCAUCACCACCACUUCACCUCUUCUUCGCAUCACUCUCAACAACCACACCGCCCGCUCUUCUACAACUACUCGUAUUAGACAAAAACAUCCUCAAGGACUACCGCUCUAUUUCCACUUUGGCGACGAUUGGUGCUUUACUACAAGCAUCGACUUCAGCCCCGUCAUUGAUAUACCACCGUCUUCGCUUCACCUACUGCUCUGGCCUCUCCUACCGAACCACACGCCCGCUCGCAUCGCUCGAGCAUCUCGCCUGAGCAUAAAAUGCCUUACCGCCUAGACACACACGUACUGACCGUGGAUACGAAUAUAAUCCACAAGGUCGACACCGCAAACCCCGCCAACCUCUAUAGCAUGUGGACGGUCUUUUCCCGCUGUGCAGACUCUGUAGAACAAGGCCGCAGAUUAGAAAACCUUAGCUGGCGUCUCUGGCAACGAGAGCAGCUUGUCAACAAGGACCAAAGCCAACAACCACAGCAAGAGUCCAACCUCCACGACUCGAUACCUUACCUCUCCGGCAGCGUCGACUCCCUCAUCGAAGAGGAAGCCGGUGACGUUACACCUCUGGACAUCUGCCGCCCUAGAAUCCACCGCCUCGACUCUACCACUAGCAACCGCAGCCGCCGCGACCGUCACAUCAGCUCCGACGACUUUGAGAAGAUGGUUGUCUCCAUUGUCCAGGACAAGACUCCUCUCUCCGCACCCUCCUCCAUCUCUCCCAUUGCCUCCCAGAUGAAGCAGUUGUCUAUCCCUGAGGAGCAGGCUGACGACAUUGCCGUCGAGUCUGAUACCGAAGGCCCCGAGGAGACAGAAUCCGCUAUGCCUAUCCCCCAUCCCGUUGGCUCUACCCGCGCCCCCGAGAUGUCGCAGAUUCCUGUCCCCGUUGCCUACCCGCAGCCUAUCGAUGCCGCCUCCAACGACUCUAUUCCUGAGCCCAAGUCCUCGCCUGCUGCCAAGCCCGUUGCUCCUAAGAAGCCCGCGCAAUUUGCUCUAGGUGGAUCGUGCUCCUCGAGCGAACAGAGCCACAGCGUCGACGGUCUUCGCUCCAACCCUCCCAACGUCUACAAGAAGUCUGUUUUCCACAUUGGCGGCUCUUCUGAGGAUGAUGCCUCGCUACAGGGCUCUAUUCCUCACCUGCCUGUCAAGGAGAAGAAGCUUGCUCCUCCUCGCAUGGUCCUUCCCCGCGUCGACACCAACGAGACUGCCAUCGACUCCGACACUGAAGGCGAAGAUAUUGACGAGAGCGCCAUUGACGACGACGAAGACUCUUCUGACUGGGAGGACUCCUUUGAGGAGAGCACCAGCAACAAGUCGAGCGUUGAUGAGAAGUUCUUCCAGCGCGUUGAGUCUAAGGCUAACCUUGCCUCACGCCCCUCGCUUAUCACCUUGAUGCUUGCCCAGAACGAGCGUGUCAAGAAUCUUAGCAACCUCGCCUCGCAGUCGACUUCGGCCCUUCCUCGAUCUCGCACCGCUCCUCACGGAGUCGCCCUGGGCGCCUCGCCCAACGACUCUGACGAAGGCCCUCUUAUGAUGAAGGGUAUGCGCCAGCCAAUGCUCAACCCCAUCAGCGAGAUUCCUCGAUCUUCGGCUCAGCCCAUCGCUGCUCCCGCUCCCAACUACGCUCACGCCCAGGCUGCCUUCUCUCCCCGCACAACCCGCCGCAACAUGCUCGCCACGGAGCUCACCGAGUCUCUCCGCCGACACCUUCUCUGGGAGCGCCAGCAGAAGACAUCUACAGCGAACGCGGUUCUUAAGAGACGCCAUACUUCGCAUGAUGUCGCCAACCUGAAGCAGUUCCCCGACAAGCCUUGCAUGAAGGAGACUGAGGAUGCCAACGCCGGUAGCUGGAACCAGUACCUUAACCGCGAUGCCCUCAACGGCUACCACUCCAAGGGCUGGUAAAUUACCUAUGUCGACACUCUUCACAUACACCCGCACUUCACACAUAUACAUACACACACUUGUACUUUGAUACCCACACGACCACAAAAGCUCAGCAUUGUAUAUUCGAGCGUUGCAUUUCAACCCGCAUCAGCCACUGCAGCCUGCCCUUAAUUUACCACGCGGGGCUCGCUGCAUGGCGCCGACAGCCGGUUCUUUUGUUUGACUUUUAUUUUAACGACCUUUUGUUUCUUGCGCAUUCGGCAAGGCGUUUUGUCUUUUUUUUGAAAGAUACCAGGGUUUUUUUUAUUUUUGCAAAGGCUCAUUUGGAGCCUUACGUUUUCCAUCAAGAGUGACAGUCGAGCACACAGCCUGCUCAGCAGGAGAAAGAUAUGACAAAGGGGCAACCCUGAAAGAGGAACUGCCUUCACAGCGCAUCCGUUCCCUUUAUUUUUGUUACUAGCCCUCGACUGGAGGAAGAAAAAGGACGAUUUUAAUGGCAUAGAAGACGGACGCCAAAGCUUAGGCUUGGUGCCGGUAGAGAAUAGAAAGAAAUGCAAAAACAAAUGUU